UAACCCGAACAGUUCCCAAAUUCCCAAUCGGAUUUUGAUUCGGAUAUCAUUUCUCUCUUAUCCUCUAAUUUUUUUUGUUACAAUUCUCUCUCAUCUCCUUUGUUACUAUUUCUCACUCCCUCCCUCUCUCUCAAAACGCUGCUUCCUCAAAGCACCAUAGCCAUCAAUGGAGGUCGCAACUGCAACCGCAACCGCAACCGCACCCGCAUCGAGAUUCGUGCUCCACGCGCACAUGUUAUCACCAUCAACCUUUGCAAGAACGGUAAACCCUAACGGAACCCUAACAACUCCUCCGUCAGCUGCUCUCCGAACUUCUCUCUCCACCAACUUCCUCUCUCCCUUUCCCGCCAUCGGCAGCGUUUCCGGAGAUUUCUCGGGAUUCAAGCUACGACCUGAUUCUCUCAACCCAGCUUCUCUCUCCCGGUCCAAGCCCAAACGAGGUGUUGUCCCCAUGGUUAUUCCCUUUACAGAGGGAAGUGUAUGGGAGCAACCUCCACCGGACUUAGCAUCGUAUUUGUACAAGAAUCGGAUAGUUUACUUGGGAAUGUCUCUUGUUCCUUCUGUCACAGAGUUGCUAUUGGCAGAGUUUCUCUACCUUCAGUAUGAAGAUGCAGAGAAGCCUAUUUUCAUGUACAUAAACUCCACUGGAGUAACCAAGAGUGGCCGGAAGUUGGGUUAUGAGAAUCAGGCUUUUGCAGUCUAUGAUACUAUGAGUUAUAUCGAGCCUCCUGUUUUUACUCUCUGUGUUGGUAAUGCUUGGGGAGAAGCUGCAUUACUUUUAGCUGCUGGUGCAGCAGGAAAUCGUUCUGCUCUUCCUUCAUCUUCAAUAAUGAUAAGGCAGCCAAUGGCUAGAUUUCAAGGUCAAGCAACGGAUGUUGAAAUUGCAAGAAAGGAAAUAAAAUUAUUGAAAACAGAGUUGGUUAAUCUCUAUGCAAAACACACUGGACAAUCAACUGAGCAGAUUGAAGCGGAUAUCAGGCGCCCAAAAUAUUUUAGCCCCAGUGAAGCAGUUGAAUAUGGCAUCAUAGAUAAGGUUUUAUACAAUGAAAGGAGUCCUGAAGACCGUGGUGUUGUUUCUGACCUAAAAAAGGGAAAACUUAUCUGAACAUAGGAGAACUUGUGCUUGUGGCUGUUAAAACUGCUCAGUAUAGAUUGAGUUGAAGGAUGACUAGAGAAGCUGAGAACAGUCUGUACUUUUGUUUGGGGAGCAAAGCCAUGGGAAUGGGAAUCAUAGUCAUGAAUAUGCUGUCUGAGUAGGUGUAUCAGUCAUUUGUAGCCCAAUUUGGUCUGUGUAUCUUAGGUUCAAUAAAGUCUAUUUUAGUUGUUUAAACAGCAAUUAACUGCAAUUACUUUUUUUUU